UUUAACCACGAUUAGUGUGAUAAUAGGCUAUGGAGACUGGAGUAGAGAGGGAAAUGGCGGAGCGAGGCCUCCCCGAUCAACCGUCGCCGGAGGGCAAGGUGGCCGGUGUUGAUGUGUUCUCGUCGGAGCCGAGGUCGUUCAAGAUGGAUCGGAGGUCGCUGGAGGCGACUGCGCUUAGAGACGCUGUGUCCCGCAAGCUCCUUGACUUCCUCGGGGCUUACUCCGACGACGUCCUCACGGAGUACAUCAUUAUUCUUGUUUGCAAUGGGAAACAUCAAAAUCAAGCCCGAGAUGAACUGGAGGCUUUUCUUGGCAAUGAAAGUGAAAACUUUGUAGCAUGGCUCUGGAAUUAUCUAUCACUUCAAACCAUUGCUUCAAAUACUCCUAUUCACUGUUUAGAUGAAACAACUAAGUCCAAAGGCGAUUUUUCUGAUCUAUCAAAUAAUGAAGAAAACUUGAGCCAUGCAAACAACAUUGAUGAUUUAGAGGGCCAUAAAGGUUGGCGUCCUAGUGAAAUUGCUUCCAUCAAAGUGCUUGCUGAUAGGCCACAGCAACGAACACAUGCAAUCAAUAGUGUGGUUCAGACAAACAACAUUAAUCAGACUCAAAAUGGAUUCAAAAUGUUUGCGGAUACUAGUUUGAUAUCCUCUGCUAAAUUUUUUUCUGGUGGUGAGCAAUGCCUAGAAAGACAAAAUCAGCAUUGGAAGAUAGCCAAAAAUAGCUCAAGUGCAUUGCCUCGUCAACCUUCGCAUGUGCCAAAGUCAGAAACAGUCAUGAGGAAUUCACAAGCAAUUGGUAGAGAAGAUACUAACCGUGAGUCUCUUUGCAAUAGAAGUGCUAUUCCAAGUGGACCGUCUGGAAAUGAUGCAGAUGCCGAAGAGGCACAGAUUACAGAGCCUCGUGGUAAUGUUUGGGAUAGGCUCGGGAAGCCAUGCAAAGAAAAUGAGUCCUUAUUAAGAGGUUUAAGACACUGUCUAACUAGAACAGAAAAACUAAAACCUCAAACUGAAGAGAUUCAAGACUUGAAGCACGCAUUAAUUGAGCCAUAUGCAACUUUUAGUGGCAAUAACACUGAAAGGAGUACUGCAUUUGAUAAAGGUCAUAAAAGGAGACUUGUCACCAACAGUUCUCAAAGACAUGAUUUACUGGAGCUCAAUAAGCAGCACUCAUUUGAAGAAGUAGAUAAAUUGCAAAAGACAAGACAUGGUGAUAUUGCUUCUGGCAAUAUGUCUGCCUCUUUUUCAGGCAGGCAGGAAAACCAUCUGCAAACUAAAGAGGCAUUACAAAAGGCAAGUGGCUCUGUGCCCAAUAAGUGCCAAUAUUUGUCUAUUUGUAAUGAGUCAGCAAGAGUGAAAAAUAAUACUGUAAAGCUUCUGAAGCCAACAUGUACUUCAGCAUCAUCUCUAUGUGAGCAGAAGAAACAAUCUGAUAAAGUAGUUCAAUCUGCACAAAAGAAGAAUACCUCAGAAACAACUAUGAUACAGAAUUCGGUUCCGUGUAGUCUAACAUCAGAUAAGAUUGAAUCCUUGCAGUUUGCAAAUGGAAACAGUGAACCCAAGCCCAUCCAAACUGAAAUAACUGAUGUAAAAUUAAAGCUGCAAAAAGUGGAAAAAGAUAUGCAAAAGCUCCGCUCAAAGCAGGCAGCUUUGAUUGACUCAAAAUCCAAGUUACUAUCAGGUCUGCACAACAACUCAAAGGAGGAUUUUGAGUCAAGAACUGUCUUUGUCACUAAUGUACAUUUUGCAGCUACAAGAGAAGCAUUGUUUUCUCAUUUUACAAAGUGUGGCCCUAUUGUUAAAGUUACCUUGCUAACUGACGUGCUGACUGGCCACCCAAAAGGCGAAGCAGAUAUUAUCUUUGCCAACAAAGAGUCCGUUGACAAAGCAAUAUUAUUGAGUGGAACCUCUUUCUUUUCUCGGAUACUAGUGGUAACACGGAAAUCAGAAAUGGCCUCAGGAUCAGCAUCAACUCAGCUUGCUGCAAAGGUUCAGCAGUCAUGCUAUCCUCCGUCUCAGAAGGGUGCCUUCCAAGCACAUUAUGCAUAUACUCACUUCCAGUGGAAACGGGAGUGAGCAAGUCUUCAGUUUUUGGUGAAUAGAUGGCAAAUUCAUAUGAUCCUAGACGAUGUAUUCAGGCUCCGAGAUGGAGCAGCGAAUCUAGGGUGAAGGAGAAGGCAGCGAGGGUAACUAAGAACCCAGUUGAGGCAUAUUUAUGUAAUGUGUUGUAUCAGCACCAUUAUGCUUAUCCAUAAACCAUUCUAGCGAACUGCCUAGUUCCCAGAAACAAACAUCUUAUGUGCUUUGACUAGCUGCUCAUGUGCUUGCGCACGUGAAGUAAGCUACUUUGCACAUUUGACUUGGCUGAAACCACAAUGCAGUUGAUACAUUUGUAGGCUGUCAUCGUAGCGUUUUGCAUCAUUCUUGCAAUUUAAGAUAUGAAAAAUGUGUUCUUUCCAUGAAUUGAACUA